AUGGCCCAGGCCCCCGAGGACCCUGGAGAAACAGACCUCGAGCAGAGGAUCCUGCGGGUGCUGAGGGACGCUGGCUCCCCUGUGAAGUCCGUCCAGCUGGCAAAGGAAUGCCAAGUGCCCAAGAAGAAGCUCAACCAAGUCCUCUACCGGAUGGAGAAGGAGUCGAAAGUCUCCCUGGCGGGCCUGGCGAUGUGGCGCCUGGGCGAGGGAGGGACCGGAGAAGUGGUCCCCACAGAGCCGGCCCAGCUCAGCCAGGCGGCGAGGCCCCAGCGGGACGCAGCCGCGGUUCCAGAGGAACCUGACCCUCAGCUCAGCGAACAGCAGAAAGCCAUCUAUAGGUUUCUGGAAGGCGCUGGGCCCUGUAAGGCCCUGAUCAUCGCCCGGGCCCUGGGAAUGAAGACAGCAAAAGAAGUCAACCCACACUUGUAUGAUAUGAGAAAGAGGCACCUUCUGAGUCUUGAUGAGAAAUCAAGUCUAUGGUCGAUUUAUCGACCAGAUUGUGGAGGAAGAAGCGAGUCCCCCGCGAUUAUUUACCAGCAAAAUCCAAUCAACAUGAUCUGUCAGAAUGGACCAAAUAACUAUAUUUCCAUUGAGAACUCAGAAGACAUCCAGAUUGGACAUGGGAACGUCAUAGUGAAGCCAACCGCCUCUGGGGAGAAUGGUUCCGUGGCUCCCCUCCACCUCCCUCCAAUGGCACCAGCUGAUCCCCCGACGCAGAGUUCCCCGGCUGCAGCCUGGGCGCCCCAGGACAUCCGCUUGGAGAAGUCUGUGCUCAGACGGGUGCUGCUGGGACAUGGCAACGAGAUGAGCCUUACCAGUGCCCCGGCCGAAGGCCCGGCUGCCUGCGGCCCCUCCGGCAGCCCCCCAGUCUCUGCCACCACUGUUGGCUCAGGAGCUUCGUUCAAAAUUCCAGGGUCCAAACCAGGACCUGACUGCAAGGCAGAUGGGAUCCAGAGAGUCCACAUCAGUUCAUGCUUCCUUGAGGACACUGCCAUUGGCAACGGCAACAGAAUGACUGUCAUCUCAGGGACAGCUGGUCCAGGAGGAGUUGCAGAGCCUGAGGACAGCAGAAGGGGCCCUGAGGAGCUGGACAAGGAUGCAGGACCCCUCUCCGAAGGUGCGGAGCCCAGAAGGGAGUUCCCUCCGGACCCGGCUUCCUCCCUCAGCACCAACGUCUCGAAGCUCUUCUCCCACCUAGAAGCCGUGACUCUUGAAAGCAGGGAUCCCCACAACGCCGAAGACGGCGGCCGGGUGGACAGAACCCCAGACGUGGCGUCCCAGGGGGAGGUCGAGCCCAGAACAGACAGCCAGCCUCUCUCGGAAAGAGCAGGCGAACGCCAGUGA